ACAGUUGGACCUAUUGUUGUUCACUGCUCUGCAGGUAUUGGUAGAACAGGAACAUUUUGUGCUGUUGAUUGUGCUUUGAAACAAUUCAGAGCUCACAUUUUUAAACAUGUACACUCUUUGAAAAAUCAAAAUACUCUCAAAGAACACAGGACUGGUAUGGUACAGACAGAACACCAGUAUGAAUUUGUUUAUAAGGCUGUUAUU